UUUGGGUUCCAUGUAGAACCCUUUCUACAUGGAACCCAAAAGGGUUCUACCUGGAACCAAAAAGGGUUCCACCUGGAACCAAAAAGGGUGCUCCGAAGAACUAUUUUGGAACCCUUUUUUCUUAGAGUGUAAAGUGAAUCUGAGAGACAGAGACAGAAACCCAGGGUACGUGCUUGGUAGGACACGCCAGGAAAGUGUCAGUGACAGGAGUGUGUUUCAGAGAUCAAAGGAUGUGCCCACAACCAAUCACAACACACUUAAUCAGCGCCCUUAGGUCCUCGUUUGGUGUGCUGAUAUUCAAGGGAGUACCACAUUAUAAGGAUGCGUAUCCAGGAGGAUAUUUGAUUAGGGACUUGUCAUCAUUGGUUAAUGUGUGGUGAAUUUGAUUUGCAUGGAAAUUGCUGUGUUUGAUUUUCUCGAUCCUGUUAUUAUUAUCAGGCAUGAAAUGAUAAAAAAGUUUCUCGACGUGAAGUUUUAAGCUUUUUUCAUCUCUCUAGGUGUCUGGUUACUCUCUGGCCGUCAGGGCUCUGGACAGUGGUGUUCCGCCCAUGUCGUCAACGGUGAUGGUCAACAUUGACAUCUCAGACAUCAAUGACAGCCCGCCUACUUUCACCCCGGCCAAUCUCACCACUGUCAUACAGGUACUGUUACUCACAUGAUUGACAGCUCUGAUGAACUCCAUACACACUUACAUCUACAUAGACAUAGAUAUUCACACACAUAUCCUUUCUUACAGGAGAAGCGCACACACACACACUCCGUCUUGCAUCUAAUCUCAUUUCCCUUCUUGUACUGUCCAAUCACAGGAGAAUAAGCCCAUCGGCACCAGCAUUCUGCAGCUGUCCGUCAUAGACCAGGACUCCUCCCAUAACGGCCCACCCUUUGAGUUCCGCAUCUUAUCAGGGAACGAGGGUGGAGAGUUUACACUGGAGUGGGAUGGAACUCUGUUAGCCAAUCAGGUGUUUAGGAGGGACUUGGCCAUGGAGUAUGUCAUCCAGGUCCAGGUAAGAUUUUUAGAUAAUCUCAGUCAACACGGUUACUGUUAGCACCAGGUCUUACAACCAGCUGGUCAACUCUGUUAGUGUUAGCACCAGGUCUUACAACCAGCUGGUCAACUCUGUUAGUGUUAGCACCAGGUCUUACAACCAGCUGGUCAACUCUGUUAGUGUUAGCACCAGGUCUUACAACCAGCUGGUCAACUCUGUUAGUGUUAGCACCAGGUCUUACAACCAGCUGGUCAACUCUGUUAGUGUUAACACCAGGUCUUACAACCAGCUGGUCAACUCUGUUAGUGUUAACACCAGGUCUUACAACCAGCUGGUCAACUCUGUUAGUGUUAACACCAGGUUUUACAACCAGCUGGUCAACUCUGUUAGUGUUAACACCAGGUCUUACAACCAGCUGGUCAACUCUGUUAGUGUUAGCACCAGGUCUUACAACCAGCUAGCUUGUGGAAGGGCUGUGUUACUAAAUCACACAUGGGGCUACAUUGUGAUUUAUGUUUUUUGGCUCUGUGUUAAUUAACCCUUUGCUUCUCCCUACUCCCCUACUCCCCUACUCCCCAUACCUCUAGGUAAGGGACUCCGGUAAGCCCCGUCUGUCCUCCUCCUCUACCCUGACGGUGCGUGUGAUUGAGGAGAGCCUUCACCGGCCCGUAGCACUACCCCUGGAGAUCCACAUCAUCACCAUGGAGGACGAGUUUCCUGGAGGAGUCAUCGGCCAGCUGCACGCCACCGACGCAGACCCCUACGAUGCCCUGACCUUCGGCCACACCCUUCCGUCUCAACGCUCCCUCUUCAAGAUCAGUCCGAGAGACGGUAAGAUCAUAGCGCUGGGCGGCCUGGACACCGGUCGCUAUUCCCUCAACGCCAGCGUGAGCGACGGACGCUUCGCCGUGCCCAUGGCUGUGAGCGUGCACGUGGAGCAGGCGUCGCCAGAGAUGCUGCGCGAGGCGGUGACAGUGCGUUUCGAGAGUGUGCAACCCCACGACUUCGUGGCCACACAUCUGAAAAACGUGGUGAAAGUUCUGAAGGUUGCCGCGGCAACGCAGAAGCAGGAUGCGCUGCACGUUCUCAGUCUGCAGCCUGUGGGCGGGACCAGCCAGCUGGAUCUGCUGGUUGCUGUGGAGACGGCUGGGGGAGGGUUCUACAAGGCAGCGUACCUGACCCAGAAGCUGAGCGCCUCCCGGAGGCAGUUGGAGGAAGUGCUGAGGGUGUCGGCCAUCUUGGAUAAGAACUGUUCUGGGCUUGAGUGUCGCGGGGCCCAGUGUGAGCAGAGCAUUGUGUUGGACUCUCAUGCUCUCAUCACCUACAGCACACCCAGGGUUAGCUUUGUGUCACCACGCUUCCACAGGACCACACGCUGCACCUGCACUGGUGAGGACACCAUCAUACACACACACCCACAGAUAUACACCCAUGUAUCAUAUCAAUGUAUAUGCAUGAUGAUGCACUCACAUACUCAUACAAAAACAUACACACAUGUCACAAAGUGUCCUUUAGAGAGCUGUGCAUUAGGCAUAGGCAUUGUUGACGUCUGCAUGAUCUGCACUGUAGCAACCACUCUGUCUGAUUGUAUAAGUACUAUAAUGAUAAAGCUGAUGGCAUCUUGAGUGUGUAUCUGACCCCUGGGAUUAGACAGACCCCCCAGUAGAUUGAAUUAGCAUGUUGUGGCUAAUGUAAUUAGCACGUCUCCUGGGGACACUUGGCAGAGGAUUUGGCUGCCUCUACUCUGAAUAACCCUAAAUGAACUUGUCCUCUCUUGCUCUCUUCAUUCAUCCUUUCUUUUCUCUCGUUUCACGCUUCUCGGUCCCUUUCCUCCUUCUAUCCAUGGUCCUCUGUCUUCUGUCUCACUCUGUUUCACACCCUGUCCUUCUCUUCUCUUCUCUUUUCCUUUCAUUUUGUGUUCUAUUUCACCCUUAACCACUCCCCCUCCCCCUCUCUCUCUCUCCAUCCCUUUCUCUCCCCUCCUGUCUCUCUCUACCUCCCCAUUCACCCACUCUUCCUUUAUCUCCUUUGUUUCACCCUUCACAUCUCUCUUUCUCUCUUCCUCGUCUCUCUCUCUCUCUCUCGCCCCCUCCUCUCUGUCCCCUACUCUCGUCUCCUCUUCUCUCGCCUCUCUCUUUCUCUCUCUCCCCUCCUCUCUCUCUCUCUCUCUCUCUCUCUCUCUCUCGCAUUCCCUCCCCCUCCUCUCUCUCUCUCUCUCUCCCUCCUCUCUCUCCCUCCAUCAGAUGGUAGCUGUCCACCAGCCUCAGAGUUGUGUGAUGAGCAGCCCUGUCCAGGAGACAUGCAGUGUGUGGGCACAGAGGGCACCAGAGGACCCUACGCCUGCCAGUGUCCACCAGGGAAACUAGGAGAGUGUGCAGGUGCGUUGAUGUGUGUUUUAUGUGUCCAGGUGUCUUUUGAAUGUUUGGGUCCUUUGUAAAUGUGGUGUAAUUUGUGGAUGCAAAUACAACAAUCAAAUUGUGUUCAAUCGUGCAUGUGUGUGCGUGUAUGUGCGUGCUCUGACUCUGCAUAUCUUUGUGUGUGUGUGUGUGUGUAUACAGGUCACACGUCUCUGAGUUUCUCAGGGAACAGCUAUAUCAAGUAUAAAGUGUCUGAUGGAGGGAGGACAGGAGAGAUGAAGCUGGGACUGAGAAUCAGAACUCUACAGAGCAGAGGAAUCAUCAUGUACACACACGCUGACCCCUGCACUAUACUCAAGGUACACACACACACACACACACACACAUACACACACACACACACACACACAUACACACACGUACGCUUCCUGACCCUGUUUAAGGUACUCACCUAUACAUGCUAAUCCCUGUACUAUACUGAACAUAACAGACAGACAUGUGCUCAGACUAUUGUGUUAUAUUCAAAGUACACACACUGUAAACAGGCAUGGAUAGUCUAGAUACCCACAGCACGAUCCACCCUUGUUAUUACCUGAUGCUAAGCCACUUUAGCCCCUCCCAUCUGUGUCUAAACCCUGCCUAUCUUGUUGUGAUUGACAGCUAGAGGAGGGUAAGCUGUGGUUCCAGCUGGACUGUGGGAAUAGCCCUGGUAUGCUGGGUAUCUCUGGGAGGCCCAUCAACGAUGGGAACUGGCACACGGUGACCCUGGAGCUCAACCGUAACUUCACUAGUCUGUCUCUGGACGACAGCUAUGUGGAGAGGAGGAGAGGACCGCCAAGCUUCCAACCACUAGGGGCAGAUGGGUGUAUCUACUUUGGAGCACAGGUGGGCUUUCUGUGGAGGGGAAGGGGUGGGUGUGUUUUUGGUUUUACUAUCCUUGUGGGGACCAGAAGUUAUCACAACGAUAGUAAAACAAGGAAAAUUGGGGACAUUUCGCCAGUCCCCACAAGGAAAUUUUUUAUUUUAGGCUUAGGGGUUAGGUUUAGGGUUACAAUUAGGGUUAGGAGUUAGGUUAGGGGUUAGGGAAAAUAGGAUUUUGAAUGCGAAUCAAUUGUUUGGUCCCCACAAGGAUAGUAAAACAAACGUGUGUGUGUGUGACAGAUUUUUUCAGAGUGUGGGGGUUGUUGUGAGUGUGUGUUAGGGACACUGAUAGGUUUGUAUGGGCGUGGCUGUGUGUGUGUUUUGCAUGUGUGAGCGUUAUGGAUUUGUAUGUGUGAGUAUAGUGUUUCUCUAUAAUGUUCUUACCGAUUUAAUCUUGUCAGAGUGAGGAACACAACACAAGGUAAGACGCUGGAUAGGAAGCUCUGGAUAGGAAGCACUGGAUAGGAAGCUCUGGAUAGGAAGCUCUGGAUGGGAAGCUCUGUAUAGGAAGCUCUGCAAAGGAAGCUUUGGAAGGAAGCUCUGGAUAGGAAGCUCUGGACGGGAAGCUCUGGAUGGGAAGCACUAGAUAGGAAGCUCUGGAUGGGAAGCUCUGAGGAAUACAGCCUGUGUGUGUAUUCAUGAAUGUACUGUAUUUAGUGUAUUUGGGGAUCAGAAUCUUUGUAUUUUAUAUCGUUGUCUGAACAUGACUUGCUCCAUACUCAGAAAACAACAUGAAAAAGCUAAAUAUUGUGGUUUGAUAUUAUAGUUUUGUGUGCUAUACCUAUUCAUAUACAGUACAAUAUUUGGUAGUUUGUUUGUAUGUAUACAUAAAUCUGAUGUGUCACUCAUGUCUCUCUCCUCCCCCCAGGUCCAGCCUCCUAACUCUCAUAGCCUGACAGACAAGAAGGGUCCACAGGUGACGGAUGGUUUCCAGGGCUGCCUGGACUCUGUGAUGCUCAACAACAACGAGUUGCCCCUGCAGAACAAGAGGAGUCACUAUGCUGAGGUGGUGGGCCUGACAGAGCUGAAACUGGGCUGUGUUCUCUACCCUGACGCCUGUCUCAAACAGCCCUGCCUCCACGGAGCCACCUGCACGAGCCUGCCCUCCGGUGGUGAGUCUGGGGAACUGCAGGAGGGAAAUGGAUGCGGUCACAUCCAUCACCCUGGUGUGUGUGCACGCUCGCCCAAGAGGAGGCUGGUGGGAGGAACUAUAGGAGGACGGGCUCAUUGUAAUGGCUGGAAUGGAAUUAAUGGAACGGAGUCAAACGUGGUUUCCAUAUGUUUGAUCUGUUUGAUACCGUUUCAUUUAUUCCAAUCCAGCCAUUAAAAUGAGCCUGUCCUCCUAUUGAUCAUCCCACCAGCCUCCUCUGGUGCAUUUGUGAAACAAACAGCCUGGGUUGGAACAAAAGCCUGCACCACCCUGUAGCUCUCGAGGACAGAGAUUAUUAGUGUCCAUAACACACACUGAUAGGAGGAUUUCCUGAUUGAUUGUUUGAUUUAUUAGCUUUAUUUGGAGGUCAUCAGGGUGAUGGAUGAUGAUCUGUGCCAGCCUGUGCUCCUGUGCCAGCUGGCAGACUAUAACCUCUCCAGGGAUCUGGAUCUCCCCUCAACGUUAAUCUAUUAUUAAUCCAUAAUGAAUUCCUAAUUAAACUGGCCUUGACCCACUGUUUUUUCCAAAGGUCUGAUUGUGAAAUAGCCUCCUACACUCCUUCAUCACUUCUGUUUUCUUUCUCUUUCUUUCUCUCUCUCUCUUUUGUCUGCCUGGUCGUGAUCGCCUUUGUUCUGUUCUUGUCUUCCUGUCUUUGUGUCGUCAUACAGUGAGGGAAAAAAGUAUUUGAUCCCCUGCUGAUUUUGUACGUUUGCCCACUGACAAAGAAAUUAUCAGUCUAUAAUUUUAAUGGUAGGUUUAUUUGAACAGUGAGAGACAGAAUAACAACAAAAAAAUCCAGAAAAACGCAUGUCAAAAAUGUUAUAAAUUGAUUUGCAUUUUAAUGAGGGAAAUAAGUAUUUGACCCCCCUCUCAAUCAGAAAGAUUUCUGGCUCCAGGGUGUCUUUUAUACAGGUAACGAGCUGAGAUUAGGAGCACACUCUUAAAGGGAGUGCUCCUAAUCUCAGUUUGUUACCUGUAUAAAAGACACCUGUCCACAGAAGCAAUCAAUCAAUCAGAUUCCAAACUCUCCAACAUGGCCAAUACCAUAGUAACCAAGAAAACAAUUGGUAACACACUACGCCGUGAAGGACUGAAAUCCUGCAGCGCCCACAAGGUCCCCCUGCUCAAGAAAGCACAUAUACAGGCCCGUCUGAAGUUUGCCAAUGAACAUCUGAAUGAUUCAGAGGAGAACUGGGUGAAAGUGUUGUGGUCAGAUGAGACCAAAAUGGAGCUCUUUGGCAUCAACUCAACUCGCCGUGUUUGGAGGAGGAGGAAUGCUGCCUAUGACCCCAAGAACACCAUCCCCACCGUCAAACAUGGAGGUGGAAACAUUAUGCUUUGGGGGUGUUUUUCUGCUAAGGGGACAGGACAACUUCACCGCAUCAAAGGGACGAUGGACGGGGCCAUGUACCGUCAAAUCUUGGGUGAGAACCUCCUUCCCUCAGCCAGGGCAUUGAAAAUGGGUCGUGGAUGGGUAUUCCAGCAUGACAAUUUCCCAAAACACACAGCCAAGGCAACAAAGGAGUGGCUCAAGAAGAAGCACAUUAAGGUCCUGGAGUGGCCUAGCCAGUCUCCAGACCUUAAUCCCAUAGAAAAUCUAUGGAGGGAGCUGAAGGUUCGAGUUGCCAUACGUCAGCCUCAAAACCUAAUGACUUGGAGAACAUCUGCAAAGAGGAGUAGGACAAAAUCCCUCCUGAGAUGUGUGCAAACCUGGUGGCUAACUACAAGAAACGUCUGACCUCUGUGAUUGCCAACAAGGGUUUUGCCACCAAGUACUAAGUCAUGUUUUGCAGAGGGGUCAAAUAUUUAUUUCCCUCAUUAAAAUGCAAAUAAAUUUAUAACAUUUUUGACAUACGUUUUUCUGGAUAUUUUUGUUGUUAUUCUGUCUCUCACUGUUCAAAUAAACCUACCAUUAAAAUUAUAGACUGAUCAUGUCUUUGUCAGUGGGCAAACGUACAAAAUCAAAUACUUUUUUCCCUCACUGUAUCUCUCCAGUUGCUCUUAGUUUUUUUGUCUGUUCAUAUCUCUCCUCCUUUUGUCUGAACUCAAAAGUCCUACAUGAACUAAUCGUAUUGUUUUAAAAUCAGACUACUGUCAGGGCUCAAUAAAACAUUUUUUUUCCUCAGCCGUUGGCAUUUUACUGGAGUCAAUAGGGAAGCCUGGUUAAAUGUCAUCUCUAUCGAAAUUUCCUGCCUGGACUCAGCAGGGUGACCCCUUGACUUAACGUGCUGACUUAGCACAUCGAGGCCAAGACUCAACACAGAGAGAGUGACUUAACGCUCCCCUGGGUUGGUCUCUCCCGGUCUCCCAGCUCGCAUUGCUGAGCGCUCUGAAAAGAGCACGGCAUUCUGGGACUUGUCAUGGUCCCCUGUUGUAAAUUCUUGGCACGCCCGACCUCUGUGUAAAGGUUAUCGGAGUGUGUGUAUGUAUUUAUUCCAGUAUCCCACUGUAUGUGCGUGCGUGUGUGUCUGCGCUGUGUCGAUAAACACAGUGACAUAUCCAUGCGUUUUCCUAGAGGUGUGUGUGUUUUCGAUUUUCCCGUUAUGUGAUGUGUGUGUAUGUGUGUGUGUGUCAGUGUGAUUUCCCAGUUGCGUGAGCCUUUGUGUGUGUGUGUGUGUACCCGUGUGAUUUCCCAGAGGUGUGUGUGUUUAUGUUUAGGCUGGCAAGCUCUCGUCAACCCCAUUUCCCUGGCACCGCCGCCAAAGCUCAAACAAUGCACACGCUAGUCUCUACAGCACUGAACACAUUCCUGUGUGUGUGAUGGAGGGUGACUGUGUGUGUGAUGGAGGGUGACUGUGUGUGUGAUGGAGGGUGACUGUGUGUGUGAUGGAGGGUGACUGUGUGUGUGAUGGAGGGUGACUGUGUGUGUGAUGGAGGGUGACUGUGUGUGUGAUGGAGGGUGACUGUGUGUUGUGAUGGAGGGUGACUGUGUGUGUGAUGGAGGGAGGUGUGUGAUGUGUGUGUGAUGGCAGGGUGACUGGUGUGUGACUGUGUGUGUGAUGGAGGGGUGACUGUGUGUGUGAUGGAGGGUGAUGUGUGUGUGAUGGAGGGUGACUGUGUGUGUGAUGGAGGGUGACUGUGUGUGUGAUGGAGGGUGACUGUGUGUGUGAUGGAGGGUGACUGUGUGUUGUGAUGGAGGGUGACUGUGUGUGUGAUGGAGGGUGACUGUGUGUGUGAUGGAGGGUGACUGUGUGUGUGAUGGUGUGUGUGUGUGAUGGAGUGUGAGUGUGUUCUGAAUCUGCUAUGAUGGUCUGACUGCUUUGUUGAAUUAUAGCACCAUACCUGUAUGCAGAAUACUUGUUUUAGAUAUCUUAAUAUGAAUGCGCUGAUUCUAAGUCUGUCUGGAUAAGAGCUAAAUGACUCAAAUGGACAUGGACUUCAUUUCUUUCCUUUUUUAUUUUAUACUCCUUCCUCUCUUUUCUCUCUCUGCUCAUUUUUCAUUCUCUCUCUCUCUCUCUCUCUCUCUCUCUCUCUCUCUCUCUCUCUCUCUCUCUCUCUCUCUCUCUCUCUCUCUCUCCUCUCUCUCUCUCUCCCCUCUUCUCUCUGUGUAUCAGGUUUUGCCUGUAGUUGCAGUCCCCAGUACACUGGAGGGCGCUGUGAGACAGAGAUCACAGCGUGUGUUCCCAACCCCUGCCUCAAUAGCGGUGUGUGCAAAGCCAUCGGCAUCGCUUUCCUCUGCAGCUGCAGGAGAGGGUUCAAGGGCACCACGUGAGUUACUAUCAAACUAAUGACCACACUGUAAUGACCUCCUGAGUGGCGCAGUGGUCUAAGGCACUGCAUCGCAGUGCUAACUGUGCCACUAGAGAUCCUGGUUCGAAUGCAGGCUCUGUCGCAGCCGGCCGCGACCAGGAGACUCAUGGGCGGCGCACAAUUGGCCCAGCGUCGUCCAGGGUAGGGGAGGGAAUGGCCGGCAGGGAUGUAGCUCAGUUGAUAGAGCAUGGCGUUUGCAACGCCAGGGUUGUGGGUUCGAUUCCCACGGGGGGCCAGUAUAUUAAAAAAUUAAAAAAAAUGUAUUUUUUCUGUAAGUCGCUCUGGAUAAGAGCGUCUGCUAAAUGAUGUAAAAUGUAAAAAAUGUAUACAUACAGUAUACAUGCCAACACACUCCUGUCCUGAACACACACCCAUGGAGUUGACUGUCUCAGACACACAGAAUAUGACAGACACAACCACACUCACACACAGACACAUAAACACCCACCUUUUAAAUUAGCUGUUUGUUUUAGCCAGUUCAGCUUCCUACUGGCCCAAGUAGUAGAUAUAAUAUAUAGUAAGGAAUAAAGCCCUCUGUACAUGCAAUGCCUCAUCAUUCCCACUAGGUGGCAGUAUAAACCAGUUCUUCUCUACAGUGUUAGGCAGAUGAGCAGAAGAGCCAGAGCCCCCAAACUGCCUGCAGCCUGUUAAAGAUUCACAGAAACAUUUGAAAGAGUAAAGAAGAUUACUUUUAAUUCUGCUUGUCUCCUUCUCUCCAGGGGUUUAGGGGUGUUCCACUGUGUUACAUCAGAAAUCAAGGCUAAGAUACAAAGCCACAAGCUCACUCAUGUGUACACUUAUACACUUUUCUUACUCGCUGAAACACACACAAAUACACACAAACACACACACACAAACACACACAUGCCAGCAGCUUGUGUUCCAUUAUCAAAGCCAUUUUAAUUUCAGAUGAGAAAGAUCAGGAAAGUCAAUCUCAGCGUGGUUGUUAUUUGAUAGUGAACAUAUGAGACUAGGAGUCCCUGAGCUGUCCUCUCUCCCUUUCUAACAGCUCUCUCCUCACACCUCCAAAUGAAAAGAGAGUCUUCAUCAGUUUUAGUCAGUCAAUUGUUAAAUGACCCACAAACUAUCUGUAUGUAACAGUUUUCUAAGUGCCAACUGAAGUGCCAAAGAUUCAGAUCUAUUGAUAUUCACCUACCUCAAGGAUCAUUUUUGGAGUGUAUUUUCUCUAGGGGCAUCUGUAAGUCAAACUAUCCAAACUAAUUACCAAACAAAGUUUUAACAACCCCCCCUCCAUUCACCCUCUCCAGGUGCGAGGAGGACGUAAACGAGUGUGAGCGGGGCAGAGCCACGGGCGGCGAGGCAGAAUGUGAGAAUGGUGGUGUGUGCGUCAACACACACGGCUCGUUCUACUGCAACUGCACGGCGGGCUUCGUGGGCCAGCGCUGCGGCCUGCGGCCCGUGGUGGUACCAGACAUGCAGGCUGGACACGCCAUGGUGGGAAAAGAAGAACUGAUCGGCAUCGCUGUCGUCCUCUUCGUCAUCGUCACCCUCAUCAUCCUCUUCAUCGCCUUCCGCAAGAAGGUAUUUGUAUUGUGUUGUUUGAUUAUUCUUGUGUGUUUUUAUUUUUACGAUGAAAUUUCAAAUAAUUCAGCCUUCGUUGCUUUUACAGAUGUAGAAUCUUAAUUUGAUCACCCUGUUGCAGGAUAACUUUCCUGCAAUGCCGGAAAUGUAAAACUUGUAUUGUAUUUGAGGUUUAAAAGGCUUCUGAAGUUUCUAAUUUCCACUUAGAAAUUUCAGACUUGAUUUUCCCUUACGAAAUGUUUUAUCAACCCCUACAAAAAUGUCCAUAAAUUAUAAUCCACAUAAUAAUUCACAUUUACAGUUACUGUAGGGUUAUUUUCCUGCUGCAGCAAGCUGUCUCAAAUGAAGAUGCUACAUCUGUAAUCCUAUAUAUUGUUUUACAAGAAAUACAAUAAAAACGUUUUGUCUCCAGGUGUUCCAGAAGAACUACUCCCGUAACAACUUGACGCUGGUCCAAGAUCCAGCAACAGCAGCUCUGUUAAACAAGGCCAAUGGGGUUCAGUUCAAGACCCUGCGCUGCAUGCCGGGAGACCCCUUGAACCUGUACGCCGAAGCAGGACUGUGCGCCACGGUGAUAGGGGGCGGAGCCGGGAUGAUCGGCCCGCCCCAGGUGCCUGUAAGGCCCAUGGCGUACACACCCUGUUUCCAAGGCGACCCGCGGUCCACGCUGGAGAAGAUGGCGGACGGGAGAGGCGUGGAACACAAUGAGAUGAGCACCUUCCACCCAGAGUCACCCAGGAUUCUGGGAGGCACGACGCGGAGGGGGGUGGUGGUGUGUAGCGUGGCGCCCAACCUGCCACCUGUCUCGCCUUGCCGUUCCGACUGUGAUUCCAUCCGCAAGAGCCCCUGGGACAGCGAUGAGGGUCAGUGUGUGUGCAUAGUGUGAUGCGUUUGAACCUGUUUGUGUGUGGUACAAUCUUUGUUCAUACAUGUUUGUUUUUGUGAGUGUCUUGUGUGUGUGCAUUCAUGCAUAUAUUCAAAUGUCUGUUUGUGUAUCCCUCCAAGUGUUUCUAUUUUCCAGGAACCCUUGAGGGGGAGUGCAUUGUUGUUCAAUUUACAUAUUAAUUCAUAUUCAUAUUACACAGAACUAUACUCAGACAGCAUCAAGUUCAGUUUAUCAAGACCAUCCUAAUUAUGAGCUGGCUUUGAUUCCCAAAUCAAAAGUGUGUGUGUGUGUGUGUCUGUGUGUGGUACCUCUAGCUCUCCGUACCAGUGUUGUUGUCACUGGAGCCGAGGUGUGUGUGUGAUUUGUGCCUCAACAAAGACAGCCCUGGUACUAACGAGCCUGUGUUCUUCUGUGACUAACCUUGCCGUGGGCCAACUCUCCCUGGCCUGCUCCCAAUGCCCUCUGACCUCCUAACCUCUGACCCCCUGACCUCUAACCUCUGACCUCUCCCUGCAGGUAAAAUGGUAGAUAUGGGUGAAGAGAUGACCUGUUUCUCAGGGAGCAACAAGGGCAGCAACUCUGAGGUCCAAUCACUGAGCUCCUUCCAGUCCGACUCUUGCGAUGACAACGGUAAGACACGCCCCUCCUUUCUCGUGCCUCUUUCUGGCCACACCCAUAACAUCAGUGAGCUAGUCUGCCGUCCGGUCCGAUAACAACCCUUAACAUAGUCCUGUCUUCUUCCCCUAGCCCCCUAUCAUAGCCCUUUGCUGUCGGCAGAUUCAGAGGAACCAGAUGUGAAAGCAAUAUGGCCAAAGCUCCCUAAAGCACAUUGGAUGUUGAGGUGGUGCUAUCACCAUAUUGCUUCAAUAACAGUCCCUUUAGAUCGGCAAACACCAAAGAGAUAGGGGACUAGGGGCAGAGUCAGGGGCGGUUUGGGGACAGGGCAUUAGUAAAAGAGAUGCUGUGAUUAACCACAAACAAUAACUAUGGGAACCCCGGAAUGUAUAGAGUGUUUAUUGUUUGGUAAAGCCCUCUCUCCAACAGAUACAUUUACUCCUGCUGUGUUAGAAAAGUAUUUCAGGAAAACUAUUUGUCAUCCAGUGUGUUAGUUUAUUUGUCCUCAAAUCAUGUUGAUUUAUUGUUUACAUGUGUUUAAGAUAAUUUGUUCACGUUAAUUCCUGGAGGGUUUUGUUAACGUUUUAAUUUCCACACCUGUCAGAUUGUGUUUUCAUUUGGAAGUGAGAGUGACAGUGUGCAGACAGACAGACAGCUGACCAAAGAGGAAUGACACUAAGCUGUGUUGUGUUGUUAACUUGUCAUCGUUUCAUCAUCACGAAUUCAAACACGUUGUUCUUUUCCAUGGCUUUUUAUGGUUGUAGUCGUUGAUACUCCAGUUCCAAUGUUGGCAGACGCCAGUUCAGGUUUUAGGUGGUUGUUUAUGUGUUGUGUUGUCUGUGUUUUUGUAUUGUUAUGUAACUUGUGCUGUGUUGUUGUGGACUUUGUGGUGUUUUGCUAUUGGAAAAAUGUCAGUAGUAGUUUGUUUUACUUAGAGAGAUAGCCUAUAAGUUGUUAUUUCUGGAUCAACAUGGAUCACUCAGAUCAUCCUGCAAAAAUCCACUGAUAUCACCAUGGUGAAUCUACAUAAACAUAGUGUGUUGCUACUAUGUACUAGACUACAUAGCUGAAAUGCAAUGUUAACAUAUCAACAUUGAUGCUUCAUUCAUUCAUAAUUAAUGGAACCGCUUCACUGUCAAUAUGAUCACAUUUCACAUAGCUGACUGUGAUGUUAGCCAACAGGCCACAGAACAGUUUGCAGCAGACCAAUCAGUGCGGACGACCGCUCCAGUGGAUGUGAUCUGAUGUCAUUAUUAUGUUCAUUCCCUUUUCUUUCUUUCUUGUUAUUUUUGUAUUUAUCGGAUUUUCACUGAAUGUCUUCAAAACAUAAUUUAACAAUCUAGCUCGUCUCGCUGAGCACAGCCCUACCUCAUGUUUACAUGUGUAAAUGGGAGUGUGUGUUGGUGCAAGUGUGUGUGUGUGUGUGUGCUGGGGAUACUCUCCAAUACUUGGAUGAGCAAAUGCACAUGGAUUCUGUGUUAGUCCCCUCCUACACUCUUAGAAAAAAGGGUUAUUUGGCUGUCCCCAUAGGAUAACCUUUUUUGGUUCCAGGUAGAACCCUUUUUGGUUCCAAGUAGAAAGAACCCUUUCGGGUUCCAUGUAGAACCCUCUGUGGAAAUGAUCCUACAUGGAACCCAAAAGAGUUCUACCUGCAACCGAAAGGUGUUCUCUAAAGGGUUAUCCUAUGUGGAAAGCCGAAAACCCCUUUUAGGUUCUAGAUAGCACCUUUUUAUCUAAAAGUGUAGGUCUUCUAAGUCUGGUUCCAUAUGUAGCUUUUGAUCAGACACCUCCCAUGCUACACGUCCCUAGUGUUGAUCCCAUCUUCAGCCAAUAGUAGCUCUGUUUCCUGGGAGCCUGUUGUCAACUUUCUGUGUCUCAAAUCGUGUCUCCUCCCUCUGCUUCUCUCCAACAAGCCUCCAUAGUGACCGUCAUUCGACUGGUCAAUGAUGCAGUCGACACUAUUGAAAACGAAGGUACCAUGUCUCAUCCACCCUUCUCACUCUCUCUAUCCUUCUGACGUUCUCUUUACUUCUCCCUGUACUUAUCUCUCUCUCUAUGAGAUGCCAUGACAAUGCUAUCCAUGACAAUAACAUGACAGUGCUGUUGUUUGAAGAUCGUGUACUUCAGGAAACGGACAUAUUACACGUACAUAAUGAGCUGACAUAUUACACGUACAUAAAUAAACUGACAUAUUACACGUACAUAAUGAACUGACAUACAGUACCGGUCAAAGGUUGACACACCUACUCAUUCAAGGGUUUUUCUUUAUUUUUACUAUUUUCUACAUUGUAGAAUAAUAGUGAAGACAUCACAACUAUGAAAUAACACAUAUGGAAUCAUGUAGUAACCAAAAAAGUGUUAAACAAAUCAAAAUAUAUUUUAUAUUUGAGAUUCUUCAAAUAGCCACCCUUUGCCUUGAUGACAGCUUUGCACACUCUUGGCAUUCUCUCAACCAGCUUCACCUGGAAUGCUUUUCCAAAAGUCUUGGAGUUCCCACAUAUGCUGAGCACUUGUUGGCUGCUUUUCCUUCACUCUGCGGUCUGAUUCAUCCCAAACCAUCUCAAUUGGGUUGAGGUCGGGGGAUUGUGGAGGCCAGGUCAUCUGAUGCAGCACUCCAUCACUGUCCGUCUUGGUAAAAUAGCCCUUACACAGCCUGGAGGUGUGUUGGGUCAUUGUCCUGUUGAAAAACAAAUGAUAGUCCCACUAAACCCAAACCAGAUGGGAUGUCGUAUCGCUGCAGAAUGCUGUGGUAGCAAUGCUGGUUAAGUGUGCCUUGAAUUCUAAAUAAAUAACAGACAGUGUCACCAGCAAAGCACCCCCACACCAUAACACCUCCUCCUGCAUGCUUUACGGUGGGAACUACACAUGCGGAGAUCAUCCGUUCACCCACACCGCGUCUCACAAAGACACAGCGGUUGGAACCAAAAAUCUCAAAUUUGGACUCCAGACCAAAGGACACAUUUCCACCGGUCUAAUGUCCAUUGCUCGUGUUUCUUGGCCAAAGCAGGUCUCUUCUUCUUAUUGGUGUCCUUUAGUAGUGGUUUCUUUGCAGCAAUUCGACCAUGAAGGCCUGAUUCACACAGUUCCCUCUGAUUCACACAACUGAUUGGCUCAAACGUAUUAAGAAGGAAAGAAAUUCCACAAGUUAACUUUUAAGAAGGCACACCUGUUAAUUGAAAUUCAUUCCAGAUGACUACCUCAUGAAGCUGGUUGAGAGAAUGCCAAGAGUGUGCAAAGCUGUCAUCAAGGCAAAGGGUGGCUAUUUGAAGAAUCUCAAAUAUAAAAUAUAUUUUGAUUUGUUUAACACUUUUUUGGUUAAUACAUGAUUCAAUAUGUGUUACUUCAUAGUUUUGAUGUCUUCACUAUUAUUCUACAAUGUAAAAAAAUGUAAAAAUAAAGAAAAACCCUUGAAUGAGUAGGUGUGUCCAAAAUGUUGACUGGUAGUGUAUUACAUGUACAUAAAUAAACGGACAUAUUACACAUACAUAAAUAAACGGACAUGUUAAAUUUAAAUGUAAUAUUACACAUACAGUGAGGGAAAAAAUUAUUUGAUCCCCUGCUGAUUUUGUACGUUUGCCCACUGACAAAGACAUGAUCAGUCUAUAAUUUUAAUGGUAGGUUUAUUUGAACAGUGAGAGACAGAAUAACAACAAAACAAUCCAGAAAAACGCAUGUCAAAAAUUUUAUAAAUUGAUUUGCAUUUUAAUGAGGGGAAUAAGUAUUUGACCCCUCUGCAAAACAUGACUUAGUACUUGGUGGCAAAACCCUUGUUGGCAAUCACAGAGGUCAGACGUUUCUUGUAGUUGGCCACCAGGUUUGCACACAUCUCAGGAGGGAUUUUGUCCCACUCCUCUUUGCAGAUCUUCUCCAAGUCAUUAAGGUUUCGAGGCUGACGUUUGGCAACUAGAACCUUCAGCUCCCUCCACAGAUUUUCUAUGGGAUUAAGAUCUGGAGACUGGCUAGGCCACUCCAGGACCUUAAUGUGCUUCUUCUUGAGCCACUCCUUUGUUGCCUUGGCCGUGUGUUUUGGGUCAUUGUCAUGCUGGAAUACCCAUCCACGACCCAUUUUCAAUGCCCGGGCUGAAGGAAGGAGGUUCUCACCCAAGAUUUGACGGUACAUGGCCCCGUCCAUCGUCCCUUUGAUGCGGUGAAGUUUUCCUUGUCCCUUAGCAGAAAAACACCCCCAAAGCAUAAUGUUUCCACCUCCAUGUUUGACGGUGGGGAUGGUGUUCUUGGGGUCAUAGACAGCAUUCCUCCUCCUCCAAACACGGCGAGUUGAGUUGAUGCCAAAGAGCUCCAUUUUGGUCUCAUCUGACCACAACACUUUCACCCAGUUCUCCUCUGAAUCAUUCAGAUGUUAAUUGGCAAACUUCAGACGGGAAUGUAUUUGUGCUUUCUUGAGCAGGGGGACCUUGCGGGCACUGCAGGAUUUCAGUCCUUCACGGCGUAGUGUGUUACCAAUUGUUUUCUUGGUGACUAUGGUCCCAGCUGCCUUGAGAUCAUUGACAAGAUCCUCCUGUGUAGUUCUGGGCUGAUUCCUCACCGUUCUCAUGAUCAUUGCAACUCCACGAGGUGUGAUCUUGCAUGGAGCCCCAGGCUGAGGGAGAUUGACAGUUCUUUUGUGUUUCUUCCAUUUGCGAAUAAUCGCACCAACUGUUGUCACCUUCUCACCAAGCUGCUUGGCGAUGGUCUUGUAGCCCAUUCCAGCCUUGUGUAGGUCUACAAUCUUGUCCCUGACAUCCUUGGAGAGCUCUUUGGUCUAGGCCAUGGUGGAGAGUUUGGAAUCUGAUUGAUUGUUUGCUUCUGUGGACAGGUGUCUUAUACAGUGGGGGAAAAAAGUAUUUAGUCAGCCACCAAUUGUGCAAGUUCUCCCACUUAAAAAGAUGAGAGGCCUGUAAUUUUCAUCAUAGGUACACGUCAACUAUGACAGACAAAAUGAGGAAAAAAAAUCCAGAAAAUCACAUUGUAGGAUUUGUUAUGAAUUUAUUUGCAAAUUAUGGUGGAAAAUAAGUAUUUGGUCAAUAACAAAAGUUUCUCAAUACUUUGUUAUAUACCCUUUGUUGGCAAUGACACAGGUCAAACGUUUUCUGUAAGUCUUCACAAUGUUUUCACACACUGCUGCUGGUAUUUUGGCCCAUUCCUCCAUGCAGAUCUCCUCUAGAGCAGUGAUGUUUUGGGGCUGUCGCUGGGCAACACGGACUUUCAACUCCCUCCAAAGAUUUUCUAUGGGGUUGAGAUCUGAAGACUCCAGGACCUUGAAAUGCUUCUUACGAAGCCACUCCUUCGUUGCCCGGGCGGUGUGUUUGGGAUCAUUGUCAUGCUGAAAGACCCAGCCACGUUUCAUCUUCAAUGCCCUUGCUGAUGGAAGGAGGUUUUCACUCAAAAUCUCACGAUACAUGGCCCCAUUCAUUCUUUCCUUUACACGGAUCAGUCGUCCUGGUCCCUUUGCAGAAAAACAGCCCCAAAGUAUGAUGUUUUCACUCCCAUGCUUCACAGUAGGUAUGGUGUUCUUUGGAUGCAACUCAGCAUUCUUUGUCCUCCAAACACGACGAGUUGAGUUUUUACCAAAAAGUUAUAUUUUGGUUUCAUCUGACCAUAUGACAUUCUCCCAAUCCUCUUCUGGAUGCACUCUAGCAAACUUCAGACGGGCCUGGACAUGUACUGGCUUAAGCAGGGGGACACGUCUAGCACUGCAGGAUUUGAGUCCCUGGCGGCGUAGUGUGUUACUGAUGUUAGGCUUUGUUACUUUGGUCCCAGCUCUCUGCAGGUCAUUCACUAGGUCCCCCCGUGUGGUUCUGGGAUUUUUGCUCACCGUUCUUGUGAUCAUUUUGACCCCACGGGAUGAGAUCUUGUGUGGAGCCCCAGAUCGAGGGAGAUUAUCAGUGGUCUUGAAUGUCUUCCAUUUCCUAAUAAUUGCUCCCACAGUUGAUUUCUUCAAACCAAGCUGCUUACCUAUUGCAGAGUCAGUCUUCCCAGCCUGGUGCAGGUCUACCAUUUUGUUUCUGGUGUCAUUUGACAGCUCUUUGGUCUUGGCCAUAGUGGAGUUUGGAGUGUGACUGUUUGAGGUUGUGGACAGGUGUCUUUUAUACUGAAAACAAGUUCAAACAGGUGCCAUUAAUACAGGUAACGAGUGGAGGACAGAGGAGCCUCUUAAAAAAGAAGUUACAGGUCUGUGAGAGCCAGAAAUCUUGCUUGUUUGUAGGUGACCAAAUACUUAUUUUCCACCAUAAUUUGCAAAUAAAUUCAUUAAAAAUCCUACAAUGUGAUUUUCUGGAUUUUCUUUUCUCAAUUUGUCUGUCAUAGUUGACGUGUACCUAUGAUGAAAAUUACAGGCCUCUCUCAUCUUUUUAAGUGGGAGAACUUGCACAAUUGGUGGCUGACUAAAUACUUUUUUUCCCCACUGUAUACAGGUAACAAGCUGAGAUUAGGAGCACUCCCUUUAAGAGUGUGCUCCUAAUCUCAGCUCGUUACCUGUAUAAAAGACACCUGGGAGCCAGAAAUCUUUCUGAUUGAGAGGGGGUCAAAUACUUAUUUCCCUCAUUAAAAUGCAAAUCAAUGUAGAACAUUUUUGACAUGCGUCUUUCUGGAUUUUUUUGUUGUUAUUCUGUCUCUCACUGUUCAAAUAAACCUACCAUUUAAAUGAUAGACUGAUCAUAUCUUUGUCAGUGGGCAAACGUACAAAAUCAGCAGGGGAUCAAAUACUUUUUUCCCUCACUGUACAUAAAUAAAUUGACAUAUUACACAUACAUAAAUAAAUUGACAUAUUACCCCCCUCAAGUCUCAUAUGGUCCUUGCCCGCGCCAACACCUGUUUGGCACCUCAAACACACAAACACAAACACAAACACACACACACUCUAACAUGCUAAAGCUCUCUCUUCUCCUGUUCUCCCACCUGACAGUGUCAGUCAUGGACCAAGGUCAGAGCUACAACAGAGGUGAUUCUCUCUUCAUCUCACAUCACUCCCUCUCCUCUCUCUCUCUCCUAACUCCUCCUCUCUUUUAAUUUCACUCUCUCCCUCUCUCCCUCUCCAUCUCACUGCACCCCCCCCUUCUCAAUCUACGUCCCAGCUCACUGUGUUUGUGUAAUUUGUUGCUCCUAGCCCCCUGCCAACACACACACACCCCAGCAUGUGUUAGCACCAUUCACAGUGUUGUUGUGCUGACUGAGCAUCCCUGAUGCAUCCUUGGAGAUGUCACGUUGCCAGGGUGUAGAGGCUCCGCUCACUCUCCAACGCACCUCACUGCCGUCCCUCCACAGUUUGGCCAAUGUUCUCUUUCCUUUGCUUUCGCCUGCUGCCCGUGACAUGUGAUGGUUGAUCCCCUCACUGCAUUGCAUUUGCAUCCCACCUCCAAGCGUGUUGUUUAAUUUUUACUCCAUUUGACUGAUUUUUUUACUGCUUUUAAUGAAUUUGUCCUCGCUGACGUUGCUUUGUUGAGAUUUAAUGUCUGAAGAUUUUCUUGAACCUGUCAAGAUGGAUUUAACUUUUUAGUGCUUCUCGCUUUGGUUCUGUAAUUUCCUUUUGAUGCACAUACUGUCUGUUUUUCCUUUAGUUUUUCUUUAGUAUUUUACAGUUUAAUGCUUUGUGAAACAGUCUCUUGUUAACAUGUGGAAGUAUGUCAAGCUGUGAUGCGUUUGUUUACUUUGAAUGAUCCCAUCGGUCAGUAACCUCUGAUCUCUCACCAUGGCUUGGCUGUUCCGAAGUGCCACCCUGACUCCUCCUGAACCCUGGCAUGCUGUGACCUUUUGACCUGUGACCCCUGACCUGACAUUCCCAGGCCUCACUCCUGCAUGUUGUGAAACCUUCAAAACACAGCUAACAUGUUCCCUGUACAGGAUGUUCCCCGUGCUGUGGUUGACGUCUAACUGUGUUUUUGUUGUCUACAAACAUGCCCGAUGGACCUCUGCAGACAGACUGUAGUGGUCCACUAACAUGCCCGAUGGACCUCUGCAGACAGACUGUAUUUGUCCACUUACAUUCCUGAUGGACCUGCAGAUUGUAACUGUCCAUCGGGCAUGUUGGCAGUGAUUGUGUUUGCUAAAUGUUAUCUAACUCUGUCUCUCCCUCCUCCAGCAUAUCACUGGGACACGUCUGACUGGAUGCCCAACUCACGGCUGCCCGACAUCGAAGAGGUGCCCAGUUACGAGGCCAGCGGCCUGGGGGGCCACGGAGACAUGGUUGCCUCAGCCUCCCGACUGGGGGGCAGCUCUCGCCUGGGGGGCAGCGCCCGGGAACUGGAGUCAGACUACUACCUCGGGGGCUACGACAUCGACAGUGACUUCCCCCCUCCCCAUGAGGAGGAGUUCCUGACCCAGGACCAGCUCCCUCCUCCCCUCCCCACUCCCCUGGAGGAGUACCAGGAGCACCCCUAUGACACCCUGCCCGCCACCCAGUCUGCCUCCAAGGAGAGCACCCUGAGUGGAAGUGGUAGUGGCAGUGGCAGCACUGGACGCCACAGGUCCCCCCGUCCACACUUCCACCCCAGCCAAUAUCUGCCCCCACACCAGCUGCCCCUGGGGGAGGCGUGGCAAGGCGGGCCGGGAGGGGAGGAGUUCCGCACUUUUGUGGGUAGAGCGAUCACGCCGGGAGGCGGGGACAUGGAGGAUAACGUGUCGCUGAAUAUGAGGCUGUCGGUGAACGCGUCAUCGGCCUCGGACGUGUCGGCGCCCUGCGGCUUUGACGACUCGGAGGCGGGCGGUAGUGACUUUGACAGUAUGGAUGAGCUCCACCUGGGGGGGACACACACCAUAGAGAUGCAGCAACAGACUGAGGUCUGA